CAACGCAUGGCUCAUGAACGCGAAGUGGCCACUUCGCAACUUCGAAGCACAAUUCCAAAUCAUGAAAAAUCUCCUUAACCUUUCUCGUGAAAUUUCGACUCGGCGUGCCCCGGGCUUUAAGGUUACCUUCCAAUUCAUAUCUUCCAUCGCUACGGUUGGUCACCGGCCAAUCUGGUCAGGCGAGCCGAUAGUACCGGAGGAACGGAUGACGAUCGAGUCCGUCCUGCCUACGGGAUACGGCGAUGCUAAAUAUAUCUGCGAACUUAUGAUCGAUGAAACGCUGCACAAGCAUCCAGACCGCUUCCGUGCUAUGGUCGUCCGUCCUGGGCAGAUAGCAGGUUCCAGCACCAGCGGUUACUGGAACCCGAUGGAACACCUUUCCUUCUUAAUUAAAUCGUCUCAAACAUUAAAGGCGUUGCCCGACUUUGACGGGCUUCUCUCUUGGACGCCGGUUGACGAAGUUGCCGGCACGCUUGUUGACCUUGUCUUCCUCCCCGAAGAUAAGACACAUUAUCCUAUCUACCAUGUCGAUAACCCGGUCCGGCAGCCAUGGAAAGAGAUGAUCCCGGUAUUGGCCGACGCAUUAGACAUUUCGCCAGACGGCGUGAUUCCAUUCGAAGACUGGGUACAACGUGUUCGGGAUCACCCUAGACAGGUCGAGGGUCCCGAGGGCGAAAACCCGGCUUUCUUACUGAUUGAUUUCCUUGACGAUAACUUCAUUCGCAUGUCGUGCGGUGGUCUUUUACUUGAUACCAUCAAGGUCCGAGAACACUCGAAGACCUUGGCGAACGCUGGUCCUGUUAAUGAAAAGGUGACCAAGCAGUUUAUUCAGAGUUGGAAAGAUAUGGGGUUCUUGAGUCAAUGACAUCGUUUCCAUCUUUUAUGUUUGGCUUGGUUGGUCCUCUGUGGGGUUGGUAUUGUACUAUGUUAUAUGUAACCUUCAUUUACUUUUCUAUGAUGUAAAAUGAUUUCCGGUAUAUAGAAGAGGUCUAAGGCAAUAGACUUUCAUUUCCUGUUCAAAUCUGAUGGAUACGAAAAUCCUUGGCAUUUGGUUGCUGAUUGCAAGUGUGACUCGAUCCUGGUGAAUCUAGUUGGUGAAUCAAAUGUAUGUCGUACUGAUAUAAGAGGUUCAUAGACGAGAGCAAUCACGGUUAUGGUGAUCUUGGGUUGUGUAAUGUUGAAGUGGAGAAAUCGAGGUAGUUAGUAAGCGGCCAAUCCAAAACACGUGAUAUCCUUC